AGACAGUCAAGACAGAUAAGGGGUCAGACCUGCGAGAAGACACUUGUCUAAAAGGAGCAAAACCCUGCAUCUGACAAGUGUCAGAAAUUCUUUGAUCCUGAUGGACGGACAGGAGGAAACAGCGGUGACGCCAGAUUACUAUGAUUACACAGAAGACGGCCGCUCCAUUGGGUAUGCCACGCCCUGCAGCCUCGAAGGCACCUUUGAUUUUGCCACAACCUUCUAUCCGAUGGCCUUCAGCCUCGUGUUUGUUCUAGCCGUGGUGGGCAACGUGCUGGUGCUGUGCGUGGUGCGGCGUUACCGCCAUUCCCGCGACGGGCCCUGCUCCUUCUCCCUCACGGACACGUUCCUGCUGCACCUGGCGGUGGCCGACCUCCUGCUGGCUCUCACGCUGCCCUUCUACGCCAUUCAGUGGGCAAAGGGCUGGCUCUUUGGCGAUGUGGGCUGCAAGAUUGUCGGCGGCAUCUUCUCCCUCAACCUCUACGGCGGAAUCCUGCUCCUGGCCUGUAUCAGCUUUGACCGCUACCUGGCCAUCGUCCACGCCGUGAGCACGGGCUGGCACCGCCGCAGCUGCCACGCCCACAUCGCGUGUGCCGUCAUCUGGGGAGUGUGCCUCAGCUUGUCCUGCGUGGACAUCGAGUACCAGAAAGUCAUAGAGCUGCCGUACUUGGAUCGUAACGUGUGCCACCUCGUGUUCCCUCCCGACAGCUCCAUCCAGUGGCAAGUGACGCUGCAGCUGGUCAAACUGUGCUUGGGCUUUGGGCUCCCCCUCUUGGUCAUGCUCUACUGCUACGUCCGCAUCUUCCGAUCCUUGUGUCAUGCCAGUCGGCGCCAGAGGAGGAAGUCACUACGUCUCAUCAUCUCCCUGGUGUCAGUCUUCCUGCUCUGCUGGGCGCCCUACAACAGCUUCCAGCUGGUCGACAGCCUGCUGAAGCUCAAAGUGCUGCAGGGGGGCUGCCAGAUGAACAAGGUCCUGGACUUCGGGACCAUGAUAUCGGAGAGCCUGGGGCUUGCGCACUGUGCCCUCAACCCCGUGCUCUACGGCUUUGUGGGAGUGAAGUUCCGCAAGGAGCUGCUGAGCAUGUGGAAGGGCAUGCUGGCGUCCGUAGGGUACUUGGGCCUUGAGGGAUGGGGACAGAACCAGAGGAGACGCCGGGGAACCACGUCGCUCAGCACAGACAGCGAAAACACAUCGUACUUCUCGGUCAUGAUGUGAAGUGACAAUCCAGCAAAAAGGAGAGGCUGAUGUCUAUGAGAAAAGGACAGAGAAAGAAAACUUGGCUACAGGAAUGAGGAAUAAAGGCACGAAAGGAGGAACUGAAAAAUACAGAAAAGGAAAAAAAGCAGAAGCCAGAAAAAAAAUUACUAAUGCAAAACAAGUGAAUUUACCGAAUUAAGAAAGGCUGCCUUUAUGGAUGGGCUUGCAGAGAAUUUCUUAAGGUGGAUUCUGCUAAAACGAAGCGUACGCUGACGAUAUCAAUUUCACACAAAAGUCUGAGUUUAACGAGAAAUCCUGCUGCGAUAGAAGAAAACCUUUCAGACAUGAGUUUUGAAGCUAGAUGUGCAA